UGCAGAGAGAGAAAGCAGAGUUUGAGGAUAAUAUUCAAAAGAUGAUAUUGCAAAGGGAGGUGAAGGAAGGCCAACCUCAAGUGGAUAUUCUUGAGCUGUACCGGCUUCGCAGGCAGCUCAUUUCUCAGUCAUAUAUGUGGGAUCACCGCUUGAUUAAUGCAUCAAGUUUAUCUAAGAUUGAGAGUAGUGAUGAAAAUGAGAAAGUACCCUUGGCUAAGAGCCAGACCCUCCCCGAGAUGAAUGCUGGGACUAACUCUCUUCUUUCUGGCUCAGAGGUUGAUCAGAAUCCUGAUGGUGGUUCUACUGAUGACACUAAGGUUCAGAAGGAAGCGGAUACGAAUUUAGAUUUGAAUCCGGAAAAGGAAGAUGGUGGAGAAGUCUCUCCCAGCAAGACCUUACCUGAUAGUUCUGAACCUCUAGAAAGUAAACUCGAUGUUCGCAGGACACAGUCAGAUGGCGAGAUAGUUAUGAAAAAUCUAUCAGCUACUCUUGAUGCAGCAUGGAUAGGCGAGCGUCAGACAUCAGGGGAGAUUCCAACCAAUACUAAGAUCUUGCUUCCUCCUUCAAACUUUUCAACUUUCCCUCCAAUAGAUCUCCCAGAACAGCAAAACGAAUUCAAGGUGGCGUAUCCAGUUUCACCUGCUCUACCGAGUAAAGAUUAUGAGAGCUCAGAAUAUUCUGUAAGCUGGUUAGGUGUGCCAUUCCUCAAUUUCUACCGCUCCAUCAACAAGAAUUUUCUCCUUAGCUCUCAGAAGCUCGAUACAUUUGGAGAGCAUAGCCCUGUCUAUAUUUCAUCUUUUAGAGAGGCAGAGCUUCAAGGUGGACGAAGGCUACUUCUUCCCGUAAGCAUCAAUGAUAUUGUUGUUCCGGUGUAUGAUGAUGAACUCACAAGUAUGAUCGCAUACGCCUUGACGUCACCUGAGUAUCAACGCCAAAUAUCUCUAGAAGGGGAAUCUCGAUAUAAGACUCAAACCCCUCUUAAACCUCCAUUAAUGGGUUCGUUUCGCAUCCCUCUCUCUGGUCUGCGAAGUUUUUUUCAGAGUGAUUUAAAUGCCAAAGCAACAAUAUGAGGUACACCAACAAAAAUAGAAGACUGAAGAUUAAGGAAUUAGAGUUGCGAUGA